CUUGCUCCUCCCAUGCUGCAAAUGUUUUACACCGGUGAUGAUGUCAGAUCCCGGAGAGUGUUAAGAAACGUGGCCUUAGGAAAACGGGGCACGGAAGAAGAGUGCUGAAGGAGUCCCUAAUUUUUAAAAGAACAGAUCGUGUGUAACAUUACACGUUUUUCCUCCCUUAGUUCAUUGAAACCUAGUUAUUACUCGCAAAAAUGGCCGAUGUCGACCAAGGAUCGGCAUUACCUAGUGAGACAACUUCUCCGGUUUUGGAUAGCAUCAUGAAUGAUACUGUCGCCAAUGCUACCGACUCCAUCAACGCUACUGUUACCAAGUUUGUUUCUACACCUGAAGGCACGGCACUCGCAUAUGGUAGCCUUGUUUUUAUGGCUCUGUUGCCAAUCUUCUUCGGUGCCCUGCGGUCUGUCAGCUGCUCCAAGAGCAAGGUUGCUGCAGAAAGUGAUUACGGUUUUCAGUCCAGAUUGAUGCCGAUCAUUCACUCACACAGCAACAGCGAUAGGCUGCCAUGCAAGAAUUCCUCGGACAUGCCAGAGACCAUCACCAGCCGAGAUGCUGCCCGGUUUCCCAUAAUUGCCAGCUGCACCCUGUUUGGAUUGUAUCUCUUCUUCAAAGUAUUUUCUCAAGAAUACAUCAACUUGCUGCUAUCAAUGUAUUUCUUUGUACUGGGGAUUUUGGCUCUGUCUCACACCAUAAGUCCGUUCAUGAACAGAGCGUUCCCUACUACCCUUCCCAACAAGCAGUAUCAACUGCUGUUCACCCAGGAUACAGGGGAGAACAAGGAAGAAAUCGUCAAUUACGAGUUUGACACCAAAGACCUGGUGUGCCUUUGUAUGAGCAGCGUGGUGGGAGUUUGGUACAUCGUCAAGAAGCACUGGAUUGCCAACAAUCUGUUUGGACUGGCGUUUGCUCUCAACGGCGUAGAGCUGCUGCACCUCAACAACGUCAGCACCGGCUGCAUCCUCCUCGGGGGCCUGUUUGUGUACGACGUCUUCUGGGUUUUUGGCACCAAUGUCAUGGUAACAGUGGCCAAGUCAUUUGAAGCGCCAAUAAAAUUGGUGUUUCCCCAGGACCUGCUGGAAAGGGGACUGGGGGCCAGUAACUUCGCCAUGCUGGGCUUGGGUGACAUCGUCAUUCCAGGAAUCUUUAUUGCAUUGCUGCUGCGUUUUGAUGUCAGUCUUAAGAAGAACACAAGGACCUAUUUCUACACCAGUUUCCUGGCCUACAUCUUCGGCCUGGGCCUCACCAUCUUUGUCAUGCACACCUUCAAGCAUGCUCAGCCUGCCUUGCUGUACCUGGUCCCAGCAUGCAUCGGAUUUCCAGUACUUGUUGCGCUGCUUAAAGGAGAACUGACUGAAAUGUUCAGGUACGAGGAGGCCUCACCGGAAGCUGAGCCCAAUCAGAAGGAAGAGACCGAGGUGGAGAAAAAGGAGAAGUAGUGUCAGCCGAACCCCUCGCAUUUCACCAGCCCUGCCACGUUCUCUACCCACCAGAAGGUGGCGCUACUGUUGCCGAUGUAUUGUGUUGUACUUUGGAAAUGGCUGAUACAUUAAAUAACUUUUCGACAUUGGAUAUUUUGUAGCAUAUAAGUGGUUUGUUUAAAAGGGUACAACAGCAUAUUCGGUGCCAAUGUAUUCCAUUUUGUUUUUUGUUCUCUGUUUGUUUUUUUUUCUUAAUCCAGUUUGCCUUUGCAUUCUCAUAGGCUCAUUUUUUAAAUAGGAAUUCCUUUUUAAAGGCCAGAAUUUUAAAAAUUGUGACGAAGAUUGGAAGACAUUUCUUAAAAUGAACAGAGAAAUGAUGCACUCUCCUUGCGGACCAAAGAAUUCCAAGAUUGUGCUGACCCUUUUUUUGAUUAAAACAACCGUUUGUGUUUGAAAAUGAUCUGCAGCAAAACUUGAUAAUUUUUUUCAGAAAGUAUUCGGUGACAAAGGUGCAAUUCUAAAGGUGCACUUUUAAAGGGACAUGCACAAUUAUUAAUGUGUACAGUAUGCAUGUAGGUGUGGAUGCAGGAGUAUAUUAUAUAUCAUAUAGUGUGUGUAUGUGUUUAUACUGUGUGUUUUUUUCUGAAACUGCAGUUCUUUUUGACAUGAUAGGGAAUAUGUUUAUCCAUAUUUGCUCCAUCUUAGUUGCCAUUAUUAUUAUUGUCAUGAUUCUUAGAGCUUAAGAAGAGGGUUGGAGGGACCUGACAUGUUGAAUACUCCUUAAUUCAGUUUACUGCUAAAGCCUGCAGUGGUAGCUUAUGUCAUUUCACUUUUAUUUAAAUCUCUACAUCAUUCUGUUUUUGAAAAGCCACUUUAGUUCAGCCAGGGUCGUUAUUUUACCUUUCCUUUCAGGAGGGAGUCAUUUGUAUUUGAUUGUGUCGAUUCACGUGACAUCUUUUAAACUUAAAUAAAAAAUAAUAAAAUCUUUAUUCUUAAUGCUUAAAGCUAACAUUAAAGUAAUUUUAUGCUCGCAAUUUCAAAUGUCAGUCAGCUGUUUACAGUUUGUUACUGACAUUAAUAUCCCUAUAAAAUGUUUUUGGGCCAGCCUUCUCUGUACAAUUUUCAGCAGUUACAAAAUGCAGAUGGAGGAGUUCUUGCAGGUGUGCAUGAAGCCGCACUGAUACAGAAAUGGCUGCACGCAGCCCGAGGAAGCCGAUGUGCUCCCCAAACAUUUGGCCGUAAAGUCUCAGAAAUUUCUCCUCUGCUCAAAAUCACCAUUAAUAUUAUACUGUUUUCACAAAAGGAGGACCAUUUUCAAAUGGUGCCUCUUGCCGUUUCUAAUCUGCUGUUUGUUUCAAGUUGUAUUUUUAAGGUUCUGGCCUUUGGAGAAUGGAGCUGGGCAAAAUUGGGUUUGGGGUUUUUGGGGUGGGAGGUGGAGUGGGGUCAUUUAAGGUCUGGGAUGGUGUAUAAUUUAAUGGUUUUGUAUUGUAAUUUGUAAAGAUCAUGUCCAUGCUUUGCUUGGUGAAAAUUUUAAAUCCCAUUGUUCACCAUCUAUAUAUUUUUUCUCCUAUUGUAUCAAUGCAAGUUGAGGCAAGCUUCUUUGUUGAGGAGCGGAUCCUUUUUGCAAUAAAUUGUGGUGUACACCACUGUAGAAGACGCAUCAA